AUGGAACUAAAUAAACCUCAAUUGCCAAUUGAUAUUCUCGACGAGAUAAUUGAAAACUUAGCGGACGAUAAAGAAACACUUUUCUCAACUCUUUUGGUUAGCAGAGAUUGGUGUCGUACAACUGUCCCUGUAUUAUGGCGGAAUCCAUUUGAAUUAUUGCCAACGACACGGGAACAAGAGCAACACAAAAUCCGAGCUCUAUUAAAAAUAUAUUUCUCGUACGUGAAUAAAGAUGAUCUGGCAGCUGUCAAAGUAUGGAAUGUAAAAAUCCCAAAACUUAGGCGUCCAACAACGUUCGAUUACAUUUCUUGUAUGGAAAAAUUAAAUGAUCGACAUAUAAGUAUGGCGGUUAAUAUCCUGUUCCCGGAAUUAACUGAUGGUUUCGCGUAUCCAAUUGGUCAAAAUAUGGUUUGUUACGCUUUAAUCAAACAAAUGAUUCGUCGUGCUGCCCAUCUACUGGAAGUCUCUCUUUCCACGCAUCAUUGGUCAAUUCUGCCAAAUGAUCACAUUGAAGGAUUUUUUGACACUUUAUUGGAACUUCAUCCGAAAAUACGCAAAUUCAAGUUUCGUAUUCGUAAUUUCGGAUCAUAUGAUUACGAUGAGGACCAUUUGAAAUACGGGAUCUGUGUGGCAAGAAUGAUCCCGAAAUUGAAGCAUCUGGAACAAGUGGAAUUUGCAAAUUUCGAUGUUGGACUCACAGAAAUCCUAAAGACGCUGAAAAGUCGUCCGAAAGCUUUAAAGAACAUUAAAUUUUGGUACUGUUGUUUUUUGGAUGGACGACAUGAAGUGCUCAAAGAUUGGCAGAAUGUUGAAGAAUUAGAGGAAUUUUUGUCGGUUGGGUGUCAUCAUUUGGUGUCAAGUGAAUUGGGAACAUUGGGAGAGAAAAUGCAGUUAAGGAUGAAAGAUAAUUUACGCGUGCAUUUAACCGCGAAACCUAAAAAUCCCGAAAGUGUCGAUUCCGCGAUCACUUUA